AAUAAGGCUUCGUCAGCGAGGUAUUAAGAAAAUAUGCCCGUGUGCAUCAGACACCUUCCUGUCCAAGUCCCGUCAAAAUCCGUCCAGACCGACUGAUUACUGACAAAACUUUUAAAGCAAAGCAAAUCCAUAAUUUGUACGAAAUAUGAUUUUUCUAAUAUUACAUGCAAACGCUCUAAAUUAAUUAGUAUGUAUAGUUUACAUAUAGUCGCAAAAGAAACCGGAAACUAGAAGCGAAGUCAAAUAAUCGAAGCCGCUUUCAUCAAGCGAAUGUACAAUUGUGUGAUUACUGUAAAAUGAAGCCGAUGUGUCGUACAUUGAUGAUGAUUCAAAACACGUGGGAAACGGCAACUCUUACAAGAUGAUACUGGCACCGCAGUCAUGUUCCUGUCCAUUAACAGAGACUGGUGUCUCACUUGUGAACUCAACUGUAUGUAAUGCCGCGGUAUUAUUCAUGGCUUUGCUAGAAGCUUACCUUCGAGGUCGCUGCGAUAUCGCCACUCCCUGCAGUAAAAUAGACCCGGUGGACAAAGUAGAUGAAGCGUACGACUUUAUUGUGGUGGGAUCAGGUUCAGCGGGCUCUAUUGUGGCUGGAAGAAUGAGUGAGAUAGAACAUUUUAAGGUCUUAUUGCUAGAAGCGGGCGGAGUGGAGCCAAUUGGUGCUCGACCUCCCGGUUUCUAUCGUAAUUUUUGGCAGAAUCAGGACAUCGAUUGGUUAUAUCGCACUGCACCGGGUAACUACUGCCUCGAUCAGAAAGAGAAAGGAUGCUUUUGGCCUAGAGGGAAAGUAAUCGGUGGCAGUAGUGUGUUAAAUGGUAUGAUGUAUCACCGCGGCCAUGCAGCUGACUACACAGCUUGGGGUAAAGAAUGGUCUUGGGAACAUAACUUACCUUUCUUCUAUAUGACUGAAGGCAAUCGACAAGUCGGCACUUUGGUUGAUUCACAUUAUCAUUCGGAAACAGGACCGAUGCCGGUACAACAAUUCAAUUACCAACCUCCAUUUCUAUACGAUAUGAUGCAAGCAAUCAGAGAAGCUGGGUUGCCCGUCAUACAGGAUAUGAACGACCCUAAUACUCCUGAAGGCUUCUGUAUUGCACAGGCUUUUACUGAAAACGGUCAAAGAUAUACAACAGCGCGAGUGUUUCUAAAGCCGCGUUUCGUACGACCGAAUCUGCAUGUCAAGACAAACGCACACGUGUUUAAAGUUCUGAUAGAAGACAACCACGCGUAUGGUGUACAAUAUUAUGACGAAAAGGGAAAUAUAAAAACUGUUUACGCUACCAAAGAAGUAAUACUAAGCGCUGGCAGCCUCAGCUCUCCUCACAUCCUCUUCCACUCAGGCAUAGGUCCCCGAGGUAUGCUGGAAGGUUACGGUAUACCAGUCAUAGCAGACCUGCCCGUAGGUCAGAACCUGAGGAACCAUCUCGGCGUGACUUUAGAGCUAUUAAUGACCAAAUACGAUCAGAAACGAUGCCUGGAUUGGAGCGCUUUAGUUCAAUAUUUGCUGAACAGAGACGGGCCUAUGAGCGCCACUGGGCUGACUCAGUUGUCAGGACUGCUGUACUCGAGUUUGGCAGAUCGGAGUCACAACCAGCCUGAUUUACAGUUUUUCUUCAACGGUUUUUAUGCGGAAUGCUCACAGACAGGCAAGGUGGGAGAACCGGAGGUUAUUGGGCAAAAAGGAGUUAAUAUAAGUAUAAACGCGGUGGCGCUACAGCCGCGCAGUGUGGGUUACAUGGUGCUGACCUCCAGCGACCCUAAGGUCCGUCCUGUGUUCUACCCGCAGUAUUUCUCACAUCCCGAUGACAUGCUGUUGGUGAAAGACGCAGCAAACUACGUGCACAGGAUACUAAAAAGUCAUACGCUACGUCAUAAAUACGGGAUAAAGUUGCAUCCUGGGUUCGCAAAGCAAUGCACAGCAGCGGAGUGGAGUGAAGAAUGGCUGGAGUGCGUCGCGCGAGUUGCCACUGACCCGCAGAACCAUCAGGUCGGCACCGCUGCUAUGGGACUUGUGCUAGACCAUACUUUAGCCGUGUAUAAUAUAAAAGGUCUACGAGUUAUAGACGCAUCUGCAAUACCAAAGCAGCCAACAGGCAACCCACAGGGCGUGAUCAUGAUGGUCGCCGAGCGUGGUGUCGACUUUAUCAAGAAAUACUGGGCCUCGUAUUUAUAAUGGACAGGCUAUAAAGUCAAAUUAUUGUGCAAAAU